CACUUGGGUCGCUAAAUUAAAGCAGAGAAAGAAGAAGACCUUUGAACGCAUCCCGUGUCGCUAACAUCUCCUGCUUCUAGGUCUAUUUUUCGCGCUAUUUUAUAAAAAUGUAACUGGAGCCCGACAGGGCUUUGUGCUGCAGAGGCUUGUGUUGAAUAGCGGCUUGUCAGAAGCGACGGUGUAUUUGUUUUCAGACCUGUUUGGCUUCGCUAGCUAAGGGCUAGCUCUAAAGCUAGCUCUGAGGCUAGCGCCUCUCCAUCUGGUCGAACCUGAGAGUUGGCCGGUGUUGUUUGGCGUACAAAUCAAACCUCUCCCUCAGCCCGGUGCCAAUCAUCAGCUAAGGUAGCUUGUUUUUCGUUUCUGGCAAAUGUACUGUGCAACUGGUUGUCAUAAGCUGCGGGACGGAGUCCUGACGUCUGGUGGUUGCUGACAUGUUUACCUUUACUGCUGAAACUAUGCAACUACCAAACAUGUCUCUAUGCUCUUAUAGGGCCAGAACUAUUUGUUUCAAUGUCGCUUACUUUCAUCUUGGACAUUCACCUAGACGGUGCCCCUUUUUUGAGAAGGACUAUACUGUGUUUUUUCAUUAAGAAUCUCAAUGUUAUUAAUUUUUCGCUCCAAAUCGGCUCCACAUGUUCUGGAGGUGCAGGGAUGGGAAGUUUGAGCAGCAGGUUCCAGUCCUCGUCUCAGGGACCAGAGGAGGCUGCAGAGGGAACGAGCCACAAGCAUCGGUGUGAGUGUAAGAAGAGGAAACGAAAUGCCCAGUGUGACUGCGACAGUGAACAAGAGGAGGACGAUGGCAGACUAGAUACACCUCGCAGAAAGAAAUUGAAAAGCACAUCGCGGUACAUUUAUCAGACUUUGUUCCUGAACGGAGAAAACAGCGACAUUCGUAUCUGUGCUCUGGAACAGCAGUGGAACCUCCACAAAGUGUACCUGUGCCAGUCCGGAUAUUUCUCCAGCAUGUUCAGCGGGUCUUGGAAAGAGUCCAACAUGAUGGAAAUCAACUUGGAGAUCCCAGACCAGAACAUCGACACUGAAGCCCUGCAGGUGGUGUUUGGGUCCUUGUACCGGGACGAUGUCCUCAUCAAGCCCAGCAGGGUUGUCAGUAUUCUUGCAGCUGCUUGUAUGCUACAGCUGGAUGGUUUGAUUCAGCAGUGUGGAGAGACAAUGAAGGAAAACAUCAGUGCGAAGACCGUGUGUGGCUACUAUGCUUGUGCCAGCAUCUAUGGCUUGGAUCUGGUCACGAAAAAGUGUCUUGAGUGGCUUCUGAACAACCUGAUGACUCAUCAAAAUGUCGACCUGAUGAAGGAACUCGGGGGAGAGGUGAUGGAGCUGCUCAUCAAGUCCUCGGACCUGUUUGUCAUGCAGGUGGAGAUGGAUGUAUACACGGCUCUGAAGAAGUGGAUGUUUGUGCAGCUCAACCCAUCGUGGGACGGCCCAAUCAAACAGCUCCUGGCCGACGCCGACGCCUGGCUUUGCAAACGCAGGACGGACCUGUGUGACAAGGAGCCCUUCUUGAACACGGACGAUGGCGAACCCUUUCGUUCAGUGUUCAAAUACGUCCGUCUGCAGUACAUCAUCAACGAUCUCGCAUCCGCACGCAUCCUGGAGAGGGACAACAUUUUGCCACCUGAUUGGUUAACAUCGGUUUACAAAAACCAGUGGUUCGCCAUGCUGCGGACCGAAUUCGACAACGAUAAUGGUCCACAGGAGGCAAACAAAGAUGAGUUUGAGCUGAGCAGUAUGAGGUGCGGAAGAAAACUGACUAAAGAUGGAGAUUACUGCUGGCGGUGGACAGGCUUUAACUUUGGCUUCGACCUGCUGGUGACCUACACAAACCGUUUCAUCGUCUUCAAAAGAAAUACUCUGAGUCAGCCAUGUGGGGGCGCUGUGAGUCUGCAACCUCGAAGGCAUCUGGCAUUCAGGUUACGUCUCGCCUCCUUUGAUAGCCGAGGGAAGUUGGUCUGCAGUCGCUCGACAGGUUUCCAGCUUCUCACCCUCGAGAAAGACCAGGAGUACGUGGUGAUGAACCUGGACAGCCGGCUGCUGACGUUCCCCCUCUACGUGUGCUGCAACUUCCAGUACACGUCGCCUCACCCGGAUCACCGCCCGGAUUCUCCGGAGCAGGACAGCGCUGCCCGCUGCGCGUCCUGAAGCCUUGUCGGCCGCCGCUAACGGCUACCGUUACCCUGGUAAUGCCGAGUCACUGACACUCGCCCGCGCCUACCAUCCAUCGCCACAUUCGCCCGCACGCUGACAUCGGCCACAACCAUCUGCAUGCUGCGUAACACCCUGAGACGGUCGAAGGGGAAAUGUUGGGGACAUUGAGAGUUAGCGAACAGGUUUCACGUGUAACCAGGAGAGAUUAAGACACUUUUGUCUUCAGAGCAGCUUCAAACUCCCUGUGCCAUGAACUCUGUGCACUGCAAUGUUGGACCAUAUCUCAAACUCACUUGUGUUGAUACAUUAUAUUAAUGGGAACAUAAUCGAGGGAACCGCUCUGUUGGGGAAAACUUGACCUUUUUAGUAAAUCUACUACAAUCUCUGCAAACACGUAAAAGAUGCAAGAUGAGUCCAUUUACAUUUUGACCGAGCGUCUAUAUCACCUGCUGCUGUUUGAUUUUUCCGCUGACAUUUUACCGUAUAACUAAUGUGAGAAGUUACACAAUGAAAUGGAGGGCGGCUGGUGGCUACAUCCAACGGACGUCCACUUUGGUGUUGUGAAAGCUGCGUUUCCACCAGCGUCAUCGCUCUUAACCUCUGGAGCUCCAGCUCCCUCAGUCUUAAGUUGGGCACUUACGCGUGUUGUAAUUAAAGGGGGGAAAAAAGCGUCCCCACUUCAUGUCAAGUACUUUGUAAAUGAUAUAUAUAUACUGCAAUGUUCAAGUUGUAAAACAAUAUAGUAGUGAGGAAAGCCUGGAUAGCCAUGCUGAUGUUACAUACUUCUAUGUAUCUCCACAUCCAAAAUUCACUUCAAUCAUUUUAAAUCUUUUUUUCAUUAUAUACCAACCGUCAGGAGUUUUUGUGUAUUCCUCUUUUUUUUACACAAUUUAAACUUGGAAACCAGCUUUCUAAUAUUCACAGCAUAUUUAAACAUAUCGAAACUCACAAAUGUUUUACAGACUUUAGAUUUUAAUCAUUUCUGAAUUGUUUACUGUCAAACGGCCACUCACUGCCUCUCUAUUGCAGGUCGGUUUGACACAUUUGGGCAGGCUGUUCCGGCCGCUCCCAUUACAACAUGAAAUACUUUUGCAAUUGUGUUUUUUGACACGUUCACUAUUGAUUAGGUUCCUAUUUGUUUGGAUAUUUUGGAAAUCUAACCUCCUGCUGUUUUGAAAACCUGUACACAGACAUUUUCUGAUAAGUGACUGUUAUGACUGUCCAUUUGUAACUGUUAAGGGGUUUUAGUUUUUUUUAAUUUAUUUUUGUUACUUAAUUUGUAUGGAAUUCUGUUUCUGGCAAAAGAAAAUCCAAUCCUAGACAGCCAAUAAAACUGUCCAUCCAGGUGGGCUGUGGUGCUAUCAAA